GAAUGUGGGGAGAGUGGAAGUAUCAACCAUGUUCUAAAUCAUGUGGUAGUGGAAUUAAAUUUUAUAAUAGAGUUUGCGAUAAUCCACGUCCAUCAAUUAAUGGUCGCCAUUGUAUGGGUGUCAGCAGUUUUACUGAAGACUGUAACUCAGAUAUAAUAUGUCCAGUAAAUGGCAAUUGGUCAAUGUGGUCUUCUUGGUCAUUAUGCAGCCAGCCAUGUGGUGGAGGUGUUAAAUUAAGAUUUCGCAGCUGUUCAAGUCCUAUGCCACGUUUCGGUGGUUGGGAUUGUGUCGGAAGCGUUAAAGAUUCUGAAGUUUGUGCAAUACAAAAUUGCAAAAGUGCAUAUUUGAAUAUUAAUGUAAAUUUUAUUGAAGUUUACACCGAUUUUCAACUACCAAUACUUAGUGUUAAAAUCCAAGAUGCAAUAGCUCAUAUAUACAGGAGUUGGAAUAUGAAUCGAACUUUUAAUGUUAUUAUACAUUCUAUAGAAAACCGCCCGUAGUCGUUCUGGAUGAGACCUCAAUCUUUUUUAUUGAAAAAAAUUGUUAAACAGACCUGUUUUGAUAUUAACUCUACGAAUAAAUGUUUUUUCGACCUAUUAGAUAUUACUAAAUAACAUAUUGCAUGAAGGUUGUACUUAAAAUAUUGCACAAAAUUUUUACAAAGUUAAAAUUUUUUUAACGUUUUAAAAUUGUCAAUUACUUCCCUUCAAAUGCAGUGUUUUAAAUUAGGCGCAUUUUUUUUUUCUAAGUAAUUGACAUUUUUUGUUUUUAUUUUGUAUGUUUUUUGUAAAAUAAUAGUUUUAAUGCAAUUAUUAGCUUUGAAAUAAAAUUCAUCUCUCCAUU